AUGGGUCAAACUCUCUCCGAGCCCGUCACCGAAAAGACCACCGGCUCCGGCGGCAAUGACUCGGUCCUCUACGCCUACUCCGAGAUGCAAGGAUGGCGCAUCAGCAUGGAAGACUCGCACGCCACCAUCCUCGACAUCACGAACGCAGCUCACAAGAACGUAGGCAACUUUUUCGGCGUCUACGACGGUCACGGAGGCUCUUCCAUCGCACAAUACUGCGGUCGCAGGCUGCACAACGUCCUCAUCGAAGAAGAUCAGUUCAAAGACGGCCAAUACACACAGGCGCUACAGAAGGCCUUCAUCAACGUCGACGAGGAUCUCAAGUCUGAUCCCAACUACGCCAACGAUCCGUCGGGCUGCACCGCCGUCACGGCGUUCAUCCAGGCUUCCCAAAACGAUCCAAAGCGUCUCGAGCGCAUCUUUUGCGCAAAUGCCGGCGACUCGCGCUGCGUCCUCUCGCGCGCAGGAGGCGUGAUCGAGAUGAGCCACGACCACAAGCCCACGCUCGACUCGGAGCGCGAGCGCAUCGAAGCCGCCGGCGGCUACGUCAGCUGGGGCCGUGUCAACGGCAACCUCGCCCUCAGCCGUGCCAUCGGCGACUUUGAAUUCAAGAGGUCCUUCGACCUGCCCGUCGAACGCCAGAUCGUCACCGCCUUCCCCGAGGUCGUCGAGCAGCAGGUCGUCGAGGCCGAAGACGAGUUCCUCGUGCUCGCCUGCGACGGCAUCUGGGACUGCCUCAGCAGCCAGGACGUCGUGGACAUUGUGCGACGAGCCGUGGCCAACGGCAAAGAGCUCCAGGCCAUCUGCGAAGAUCUCAUGGACCGCUGUCUCGCACCGGACUCGGACACCGGCGGCAUCGGAUGCGACAACAUGACCGUCUGCGUCGUCGCCCUGCUCAACGGACGCACCAAGGAAGAGUGGUACAAGUGGGUCAAGGACAACAUCGACGUGCCCAAAAACGGUCGCAAGACGCCCGACGAUGUGGCGCCCGUGUUCAAGAACACGCAGCCAGCCGCGCGCGACGCCGACGGCGCCAUGGACGGCACCGUCAGCAUCCAGUCUCUCUUGUCCGGAGGCCUCGCACGAGGCGCAGGCGGCGCUGGCGACGACGAGGAGGGGUCGCUGCGUUUGCCUGGCGGCCUGGCGGGCGCGCUGAGCGGCGCGGGCAUCGUCUUCCGACCCGGCGGACGCUCCGAGGGUGGCGAGGUGGUCUACGAGGCUCACGUCGUCGACGAGGACGACAGCGGCGACGACCAGUCGGACGGUUCGAGCCAAGACAAGAGUGCAGCCGACAGCACCUCUAAGCCCACCUCGACUUCCACGGCCGACGCCACCGCCGAGCCCAGGCUGGUCGAGUCGCCACGACAGGAUGCCAAGGCGGCGGCAGGCGGAGCGACACACGACUCGGACAAGAUGGACGUGGACAAGGGGGCUUCGAGCGCCUAA